AUGGAAACGGUUCACAACCUGAAUGACAUGGAAAAGCUUGCCACAGCACAGCUAGACAGACGAACAUGGCGCUUCAAUUACGCAGCCGCAGGCGACUUGAUCUCAAAACACCUGGACCAAGAAGUCUACCGUUCAAUCCUCCUCCGGCCGCGAAUCCUCGCCAGCGUCAAAGAAUGCGAUUUGACCACUACAAUCAUCGGCAAUACAGUCGGACUCCCCUUAUUUGUGUCACCCAUGGCAAUGGUUCGCCUGGCACACCCGGCUGGUGAAGCCGGAAUUUCCACCGCAUGUGCUGGCCUCGGCGCUAUGCAUAUCAUUUCGAACAAUGCAUCCAUGACCCCGGAGGAGACUGUCGCAGGAGCAGCACCUGAGCAAAUUUUCGGAUUCCAGUUGUAUGUCCAGAACGAUCGCAGCGAGAGCGAGGCGGUUCUAGCCAGGGUUAAUAAGAUCCCUGCGAUAAAGUGCAUUGUUCUGACUGUCGACGAGCCCGUUCCGGGUAAGCAUGAGCUGGGCGACAGAGGGUUCGAGCCGUAUGAUGAAGUGCAUAAAGGACAUCCAAGUCCAGUACAGGAAGUAUCUACACCAACUUCAGGAGUAAGUGUUGCGAUCCCAUCGGUCUCAGGACCAGCAUCGGAUCUGGACUGGAGCGAUACGCUACAGUGGCUCGCGCGCCAUACCUCACUGCCUAUCAUAAUCAAAGGCGUUCAAACACACGAAGACGCCCAGAUAGCUGCGAACUACGCUCCCCUCGUCAAAGCGAUAAUCCUAUCGAACCACGGAGGUCGUGUUGUUGACACCGCUCCGCCGGCUGUUCACACCCUGCUGGAGAUCCGCAGGUACUGCCCCGACGUUCAACAGAAACUCGAUAUUAUGGUCGACGGGGGAGUUCGACGAGGAACGGAUGUUGUAAAGGCCCUGUGUCUGGGUGCGAAGGCAGUUGGGAUUGGACGGCCGGUGCUCUGGGGCCUUGGUGCUGGUGGUGUUGCUGGAGUAGAGAGGGUAUUUCAGAUUCUGGCUGAGGAAACCAGGAGCUGUAUGCAAUUAUUGGGCGUGCGAAGAGUUGCAGACCUGGGGAUGCACCAUAUUAAUACGAGUAUAGUAGAAACGCAGAUUUAUGACAGGGGCUAG